AUGGAGUCCCACCAGAACAAGAGCCAGAGCAGCAACACAGACAAACAUCAUCAACAAACCACUGGUUCGACCCAUCUGGUCCCAUUCAUGGGACCCAACUCCGGUUCAAUGUCAGUAACCACCACCACAAACGCUGCCACCGACACUGUCAGAGGAAACACCAUCUCCGUAAAAAAAACCACCGCGAAACGACCGUCAAAAGACCGUCACAUCAAAGUAGACGGCCGUGGCCGGAGAAUACGUAUGCCGGCAGUCUGCGCGGCGCGUGUGUUCCAGUUAACUCGUGAGUUACAGCACAAAUCCGACGGCGAGACGAUCGAGUGGUUGCUCAACCAGGCGGAGCCGGCGAUCAUCGCCGCCACCGGAACCGGAACUAUACCGGCAAAUUUCUCAACACUCAACGUCUCUCUCCGAAGCAGUGGCUCAACACUCUCAGCUCCACCGUCAAAAUCAGCUCCGAUCUCUUUCCACAGCCUCUACGAUGGGACCCACAACAACAACAAUUCUUCAUCUUCAGAUGAUCCGACGUCAAGGAAGUUCACAGGAAGGGAGGCUCAAAACGCUGCCGUUUUCGGGUUUCAGCAACAGCUUUACACUCCUCAUCACAUCAUGACUGAUUCCAACUCUCUCCCUAAAUCAUUCCGUGAAGAAGAUCUCUUCAAAGAUCCUAAUUCUCUUCAACACGACAACACUGAAAGGCCAAGCUCGCCUAAACCCGGAUCCGAAGCAUCUGAUCAAGAUCCGGGUUCGGCGCGGUCGAGGACUCAGAAUAUGAUACCGCCGACGUGGGCAGUGGCGGCGCCAACGCCAACCUCCACGAAUGGAGGUAGUGCGUUUUGGAUGUUACCGGUCGGAGGAGGAGGACCGGCCUUGCAGGAUCCAUCCCAGCACAUGUGGGCGUUUAAUCCGGGUCGUUACCCGGGUCCAAUGGGGUCGGUACAGCUAGGGUCUAUGUUAGUGCAACAAGCAGCCGUGGGAGGUCAACAAUUAGGGUUAGGUGUUGUUGAUAGUAACAAUUUAGGGUUGUUUUCCGGCGGAGAGGGAGGUUAUGGAGGCGGUGGUAGGGUUGGUCUCGGAAUGAGCCUCGAGCAAAAACCUCAACCACAUCAGCACAAUCAAGUGAGUGACACUAGAGGAGACCAAAACCCUACUAUUGCUAGCUCUCCUUGA